AUGGUGCGCUCUGAGGGCGGACGACAAUGGCUGGUUUGUGCUUUUGCUUUCUUAGCUCAGUUUGCAGUGGUUGGAUUCAUGAUGACUGGAGGGGUUUUGUACACAAAAUUAAUCGACGAAUUUAAAGCCUCGAGAGGAGCUACAGGUAUGAAGGAAGUCUGUGUGAGUCAAGUUAGGUAUAACUGACUUACUUUUCGUAUUACUUCAGAGUUAAUACAGUGUAGAAUAAUGUAUGAAUGGUCCAUAAAGCCUUUUAAGAAUGAAAGACUGGCUUUUAAAACUUUUUCGUGGCGAGAGGCCAUUUGACGGGUGAAAGUUACUGUUUUGGUAAAACGGAGUAAAACUUACAACCCUGCAAACUGGCUUUAAUUUCUUCCUGUUAAGGCUGUAUUUAUUUUUAUUUUCCCUUUUGUUAAGGGAUGAUCUUGCAUCAUUUUUUUUCACUGUUAUACAUUGAACUCAUGACCAUGCAUCUGUUAAAUUUCUGAUGGGCCAAGAGCGGUAAUUCACUUGUAAUUCACGAUGAACAUAACUGAGGGACUCGCGGGUAAACGUUUUCAGGAAACUUAGAACUGUUUCCUCGACCAUUACUAUUCUCUGUAUCAAAAAAUAUCUGAUUCACUCAAUUAGUAUUUAUUCUUCGCGAAGCAACCUCUCAAAGGUGCGAGUCGACAAGGGUUUAUAAAUUUGCCGGAGUUCACGUCCAGCGAAAUCUAGUGUUGCCUCUAUGAUAAGAGGAAGUUACUGUCGGCAGUUGCCUAGCAGCAAAAUACAACAAAAUCAUAUCUCACCCCCGAACUCCUUUUAACAGCUUAUAAUUUAAUCGUCUGAAAAAAUCGGUUAACUAGUGCUCGAGACGUCGGGUGUUUCGCAUUAGAUUUUCGCGCGAGCCACGGCAAGUGUCACCCUUAAUUUUUACCAUUUCUGCUCCAGGACUUUUGAUUGACCGCUCUCGCGUGCGUUCUUGGCCUACGCAAAAAUACGGACUGCUUUGCAAUCUUCUAGAAUUUUUAAUUAAAUAGUUUUUUCCUCAGCCUUUAUGGCAUAAGCUGUGGUAUUCAGUUUGCUGAAUCACAAAUAAACAUCCCUUUAAGCGCUUCAUAGAGCCAGUUAAGGACACACGUAUUGUUUUAGUCCUCUCAACCCCCGCAAGAUGGGUAGUGCAAAUGUGCCGCGUUUUGUUUACAAAGAGGCACCCGUCUUAGACUACGACUAGUCCCCAUUUUUCCUCAAAAAUGGGGACUACUUAUAGUCUACACCAGUCUUUAUUUUCAAAAGUUCAUCGUGCGAGGAGCGGAGCUUUACAGACCUUUACGGUCAGUCUACUGGAAAAUAGUCAGUUUUGUUUACAUUUUUAUAAGUAAUUUAUUUGUAUUCAUUAUCCUUUACAAACUUCUGAUCAGUACUGAAGUUAUAGCUUAAUGUAAUACUGUUCUAACUCCGGCUCUUGCCAAAUACAGAGGAUAAGCCUGUUAUGCUGUUAUGAUUAUAAUGUUUGAGUUCACCUAAAGGCCAUCUUCUUCUUAUAAGUUGAACAGGCUCAUUAGUCAGAUGCCAGUUUUUGACAUGUUUUAUAAUAACAUCACUAUUUUCAUAAUUUACUAUUAUAUAGCCUUAAAUUAUUUUCUUGUUCAUCAUCAGCAUGGGUGAGCUCUCUAACGCCUUCCGUUUUGUACUUCUGUGCCCCUUUGAGCACGUCACUAAGCGAGCGGUUUGGUUGCCGAGUUGUGACGAUAUCCGGGGGUUUGACGUGCAUUCUUGCCAUGGUCCUGUCCUCAUUCUACACCAGUAUCCUUCAUCUUUAUUUCACCCACGGAGUACUUUGGGGUGUUGGAUUGUCCCUUAGUUACUUUCCUACGUUUUUGAUCGUCGCACAGCACUUCAAGAAUUCGAAGCGUUUGUCUUUAGCCACUGGUAUAAUCACCUUUGGCGGUUCCCUCGGUACAUUGACAUUAAGCCCUGGACUACAGUGGAUGUUCAACAGAUUUGGACUUUCCACUUCGUUUCGCAUUCUUGCAGCAGUUCAAGUGGUAAUUAUUGUCUGUGGAAUGACUUUUUGUCCUGUGAAAGACAACGAGGUACUCUCUCAAGAAACCAAGAAGAAGUAUUUUGAUUUGUCCAUUUGCAAGAAUCGAGCACUCAUCGUUUUCAUCGUCGCAUUAGGUUUCAACAUGUUAGGCUACUUGGUCCCUUUUGUUCAUCUGGUGAGCUAAAUUAUUUUAGAUGAAUCAGCUAUGUACAUUUUUAUUUUUUUUAUCGUUAUUAUUCAUUUAAAAUUUUUCUUAGUUACUGGCUGCUAACUGUGAAAGGUUUGAACCCAGGAGUCAUUUCAUGAGUAGGUUGAGUAUGAUCGUCUGGGGAGCCAUGUCCAGCCCUGGCCAUGAAAUCCAGAGUUUCUUCACUUCUUACUUAGUUCCACACUUCUCAGAGGUGUGGAAGUGUGGAGUAGUCUGACAAAGUUAGGAUAUUGUCGCACCUUUCCCCCAGUCAUGAACCUCUUGUCAUUCUUUACUUAGUUCCACACUUCUCAGAGGUGAGGAAGGGUGGAAUAGUCUGACAAAGUAAGGAUAAUGUCACACUUCUGCCCCAGUCAUGAACCUCUUGUCAUUCUUUACUUAGUUCCACACUUCUCAGAGGUGAGGAAGGGAGGAAUAGUCUGACAAAGUAAGGAUAAUGUCACACUUCUGCCCCAGUCAUGAACCUCUUGUCAUUCUUUUUUUAGUUCCACACUUCUCAGAGGUGAGGAAGGGAGGAAUAUUCUGACAAAGUAAGGAUAAUGUCACACUUCUGCCCCAGUCAUGAACCUCUUGUCAUUCUUUACUUAGUUCCACACUUCUCAGAGGUGAGGAAGGGUGGAAUAGUCUGACAAAGUAAGGAUAAUGUCACACUUCUGCCCCAGUCAUGAACCUCUUGUCAUUCUUUACUUAGUUCCACACUUCUCAGAGGUGAGGAAGGGAGGAAUAGUCUGACAAAGUAAGGAUAAUGUCACACUUCUGCCCCAGUCAUGAACCUCUUGUCAUUCUUUACUUAGUUCCACACUUCUCAGAGGUGAGGAAGGGUGGAAUAGUCUGACAAAGUAAGGAUAAUGUCACACUUCUGCCCCAGUCAUGAACCUCUUGUCAUUCUUUACUUAGUUCCACACUUCUCAGAGGUGAGGAAGGGUGGAAUAGUCUGACAAAGUAAGGAUAUUGUCGCACUUUUCCCCCAGUCAUGAACCGCUUGUCAUUCUUUACUUAGUUCCACACUUCUCAGAGGUGAGGAAGGGUGGAAUAGUCUGACAAAGUAAGGAUAAUGUCACACUUCUGCCCCAGUCAUGAACCGCUUGUCAUUCUUUACUUAGUUCCACACUUCUCAGAGGUGUGGAAGUGUGAAAUAGUCUGACAAAGAAAGGAUAUUGUCGCACUUUUCCCCCAGUCAUGAACCGCUUGUCAUUCUUUACUUAGUUCCACACUUCUCAGAGGUGUGGAAGUGUGGAAAAGUCUGACAAAGUAAGGAUAAUGUCACACUUUUCCCCUGGUCAUGAAACUCUGUCAUUCUUUACUUAGUUCCACACUUCUCGAAGGUUGGAAGUGUGGAAACGUCUGACAAAGUUAGGAUAAUGUCACACUUUUCCCAUAGUCACGAACCCGUUGUCAUUCUUUACUUAGUUCUACACUUCUCAGAAGUGUAGAAGUGUGGAAUUGUCCGACAAAGUAAGGAUAAUCUCACGACCCUUUGUCAUUCUUUACCUAGUUCUACACUUCUCCACUUCUUCCACACUUCCACAGAACUAAGUAGAACUAAGUAAAGAACGACAGAGGUUUCGUGACCAGGGGAAAAGUGUGACAUUAUCCUGACUUUGUCAGACUAUUCCACACUUCUACACGUUUGAUAAGUUUGGAACUUGGGAUGAGAAAGGAAAGUAGGGUUAUUUCACACUUCCACACCUCAGAGAAGUGUAGAACUAAGGAUGAAAAAGGAAAGUAGGGAUCUUGUGGCCAGCGCUGGACAUUUGUGGUUGUAUCACGUCAGUUGAUGGUAGCGUCAUUGUCACGUUAUUGAAUUCUAAUACAAUGGAAUAUCAAAUCCUGGCCAAAAGCACUGAAGAGGGCUAGGUUUUCGGCAGGUACUACCGACUGCAGCGGGGAAGGGUAAGAAGGAAAGAGAAAAUUUGUACGAUAUGCAUUAUCCAUGCAAGUCACAGCUUUAGCGGGAGUAGCCUCCCCGUAGACGUCCUUUGGGGUUCCUUUGUCAUUGAAUUGAAUGCGUGACAAACGAACCCCAAGGGACGUCUGCAGGGAGGCUAUAGCGGGAGACGAUUUGGAUCCGGGGGGGGGGGUACUCGAUAUAUCCUUGGGUGGGGAGGUGUGGCCCGGCCCCUCAUACCCUGACCCUGUUUAAGACAAAAAUCGCUGAUUUUCCUUCCCUGUUUAAGACAGAAUUCCGAUUUUUGAUACCCUGUUUAAGACAUUUAACCCGAAACCAAAAAAAAAGAAAAAUGCUGUAGUUUAGUUCGUAGAACAUAGGCGCAGGCUGUUUAUCGUCCAAGAAAAGAUACCCCCUUUAAGACUAGACUGCCAGCAGUUCUUGGCAAAGUUACUGAACGCGAAACCUAAGCACGCGAGCGGCGAGGCCGCUUGUCGCGAGAAACGAGGGCGUAAGCUGAGAAGAAAAAAUAAGAGACAUUUUUUUUCUGAGGGAGGGGGGACGUCUGUACACAGGCUUUCUUUUUUCGUCUCGUCUGGACGGAUUUUAAGAGAAAAGGCGGACUGCAAGUAGUCUAGUUUAAGACAAAAAUUGAUAAAAUCGAUACCCUGAUUAGGACAAAAAAUGAUAAAAUCGAUACCCUGUUUAAGACAAAAAUCUCGAAAAACUUACCCUGGCUGGUCGCACGUCCCCAUUAAGUCCUUAUAAUGGAGUAACCCCCCGGUAUUUGGAUCAAUUUAGGUUUCUGGGAAACUGCCCACCUACCCCUCCCUUAAGCCAUCAUUAACGCUUACUUCUCGUUUAGGGCAAAAUGUUGGCUUAUGGGAGGGGGAGGUGGGCAGUUUCCCAGAAAGCUAAAUUGACGACGAUUUUUGCAUGAAGUUUUUUUGGUGCCCUAGCCUGACGAAAUCUUUUUAGUUAGUGUCUGAGAUUUUUCUCUCCAGCAAUAAGCUUACUAGGUCUACUAAAUAAAAGACAUAAUUUAUAUAGCAGCAUUUGUCUUUCGACAGCGAUUCUGUCAAAGCGCGAGCAUUUGGUUUUGGUAUCCAGUGCCCUCUGUUUACAUGUAUAUGACCCCCAUGUAUGCAUUCGGUUUUUUUAAUAGGUGAGGAUGGCUGAAGAACGUGGUGCCAGUCCAACAGAAGGUGCUUUGUUGAUCAGCUACGCUUCUGCUGCUUCUGGCAUCGGGCGUUUACUUUUCGGCACAAUGGCCGACUGUAAACGUUUCAGCAAGUUCUACAUUUGGCGAACUGGUUUAUUAGGAAUGAGCGUGUCAUCAACUUUGGUAAUCAUAGCUCGUUCCUAUGAAUGGUUCGUAGUAUACGCAUUCACUUUCGGAUUAUUCGAGGGUUGUUACGUGACGUUAACUCCAUUACUGGUCAGAUACAUUGUGGGUGUCAGAAAAUUUCCUUAUGGUCUCGGAUUGGCUUAUUUUUCGAUGUCGUUUACAAGAAGCGCUGGUCCACCAAUUGCUGGCUGGAUUUACGACAGUUUUCACAGCUACAAAGUGCCAUUUUUGUAUACAGGCUUUGUGAUUUUUACAGGGUGUUUUAUUUCUUUCUUAGUUUCUUUACUCCAGGAAAGGAAUACACGAACUGAAGCCGACGACACGAGUAAUUUACAGUCUACCGGAGUCGACCGAGAGACUGAUGUUUAA